AUGGGUCGCACUUUUGAAUAUCCCAAGACAUCCCUCAACACCGUCAACCGUCGCGGCCAUCGAGGUAAAUAUGACCUUGAAACCAUUCACACCCUGAUCAACACCUCUCUAGUGUUGAAUGUCUCUUUCGCACCUGGCUUCGACUCCAACCUGGACGAUUUUCCUGUGAUCCUGCCCAUGAUUGGCGCGAUGGGAUCCUUUGCGAACCCCUCCGCUGGCCUCGACGAGCCCCUUGACUGUUACUUGCACGGCUACGUCUCAUCGCGACUGAACAACCUCGUGCGCAAAGCAUGUGAAGCUGGCAAACCAGGCCUACCGCUUUGUCUGUCUGCGACAAAAGUCGACGGUCUCCUUCUUGCCCUCUCCGGGUUCAAUCACUCUUACGACUACCGCUCCGUCGUCUUGUACGGAUACGCCAAUAUUGUGACUGACCCGGAAGAGAUUCUGUAUGGGAUGCGGAUCAUAACCGACAAAGUCGUACGUGGACGAUGGGAAAACUCACGGCUCCCACCAACAAAGGCCGAUAUUACCAGCACAGGUAUCGUGCGUGUAGCAAUCAAGACAGGAAGCGGCAAAGUCAAAGCUGAUCCUCCCGGUGACGACAAGGCAGAUUUGGAAGACGGGGAGAUGCGUCAACGUGUCUGGGCUGGAUUCGUCCCCGUCACUGAGACUCUAGGCGAGCCGGUACCCGCUGUAUAUAACAGGGUGAACGGUAUUCCCACAUACAUUUCGCAGCAUCGACAAGAUGUGAACGAGGCGGUCCAGACCUAUUCAGAAGAAUUGGUUCAGAAGGUUCUCCAAGCUGAAUGA